AUGCUUCAUUCGCCUCACAAACAACCACAGAACCACAAGUGCGGUGCAAACUUUCUCCAGGAGGACAGCAAGAAGUCUCUGGUUUUUAAAUGGUUAAUCUCCGCAGGUCACUACCAGCCACCGAGACCAACAGAGUCAUUUAAGGCUGCAAGCAGAAUUUACAACAGAGGGUACAAGUUCUAUCUGAAAAAAAAAGGAGGGACUAUGGCAUCAAACAGCCUCUUCAGCACAGUGGCACCAUGUCAGCAAAACUUCUUCUGGGAUCCGAGCACCAGCCGGCGCUUCAGCCCUCCCUCCAGCAGCCUGCAGCCCGGCAAGAUGAGCGACGUGAGCCCGGUGGUGGCUGCGCAACAGCAGCAGCAACAGCAGCAGCAACAGCAGCAGCAGCAGCAGCAGCAGCAGCAGGAGGCGGCGGCGGCGGCGGCGGCGGCGGCGGCGGCAGCGGCGGCCGCCGUGCCCCGGUUGCGGCCGCCGCACGACAACCGCACCAUGGUGGAGAUCAUCGCUGACCACCCGGCCGAGCUCGUCCGCACCGACAGCCCCAACUUCCUGUGCUCUGUGCUGCCCUCGCACUGGCGCUGCAACAAGACCCUGCCCGUGGCCUUCAAGGUGGUAGCCCUCGGAGAGGUACCAGAUGGAACUGUGGUUACUGUCAUGGCGGGGAACGAUGAAAAUUAUUCUGCUGAGCUCCGAAAUGCCUCUGCUGUUAUGAAAAACCAAGUAGCAAGGUUCAACGAUCUGAGAUUUGUGGGCCGGAGUGGAAGAGGCAAGAGUUUCACCUUGACCAUAACUGUCUUCACAAAUCCUCCCCAAGUAGCCACCUAUCACAGAGCUAUUAAAGUUACAGUGGAUGGACCCCGGGAACCCAGAAGGCACAGACAGAAGCUUGAUGACUCUAAACCUAGUUUGUUCUCUGACCGCCUCAGUGAUUUAGGGCGCAUUCCUCAUCCCAGUAUGAGAGUAGGUGUCCCGCCUCAGAACCCACGGCCCUCCCUGAACUCUGCACCAAGUCCUUUUAAUCCACAAGGACAGAGUCAGAUUACAGACCCCAGGCAGGCACAGUCUUCCCCACCGUGGUCCUACGACCAGUCUUACCCCUCCUACCUGAGCCAGAUGACGUCCCCGUCCAUUCACUCCACCACCCCGCUGUCUUCCACGCGGGGCACGGGGCUUCCCGCCAUCACCGACGUGCCCAGGCGCAUUUCAGAUGAUGACACAGCCACCUCUGACUUCUGCCUCUGGCCUUCCCCUCUCAGUAAGAAGAGCCAGGCAGGUGCUUCAGAACUGGGCCCUUUUUCAGACCCCAGGCAGUUCCCAAGCAUUUCAUCCCUCACUGAGAGCCGCUUCUCCAACCCACGAAUGCACUAUCCAGCCACCUUUACUUACACCCCGCCAGUCACCUCAGGCAUGUCCCUCGGUAUGUCCGCCACCACCCACUACCACACCUACCUGCCACCACCCUACCCCGGCUCUUCCCAAAGCCAGAGUGGACCCUUCCAGACCAGCAGCACGCCAUAUCUCUACUAUGGCACUUCGUCAGGAUCCUAUCAGUUCCCCAUGGUGCCGGGGGGAGAUCGGUCUCCUUCCAGAAUGCUUCCGCCGUGCACCACCACCUCGAAUGGCAGCACGCUAUUAAAUCCAAAUUUGCCUAACCAGAAUGAUGGUGUUGACGCUGAUGGAAGCCACAGCAGUUCCCCAACUGUUUUGAAUUCUAGUGGCAGAAUGGAUGAAUCUGUUUGGCGACCAUAUUGAAAUUCCUCAGCAGUGGCCCAGCGGUAUCUGGGAGCCGCAUCCCAAAUGUAUCAAUAUAUACAUAUAUAGAGAGAGUGCAUAUAUAUGUAUAUCAAUUAGCUAUCUACAAAGUGCCUAUUUUUUAGAAGAUUUUUCAUUCACUCACUCACUCAUGAUCUUGCAACCACAGGAGGGUAGAGAUACUGAGAAGCAAAAGGCCCGAGAGUGACCAUCCUAUCUAGGUUUCAGGUUGUUUUCUACUUAAAAUGUACUUUUACAAACCAAGGAAAAAGGUAUUUUUUUGUUGUGUUGUUGUUUGGCCUGUUAUCACAAAUCACCUGUUCCUAUGCCAAGUCAGAGAGGUGGACUCCAGGUUCAGGAGGAAGAAGAGCAGAGCCGCUUCCUCUCUGUGCUUUGAAACCACACACCCUCGCGGUAGCAGCUGUGUUUGGACCAGUGCACUCUGCAGACCAGCUUCCAAAGCCGGUCGAGGUGCAUGUAAAGGGCAAAGAGGGAGAAUGGAUGCUUCCUUUACAGUACCAUCCAUUCCGAGUAACUGUCCCAAACUUUGCUUUCAGGCUUGCCGCAAGUUCUCAUUUGAACUGUUUGGUUCAGUUUUUGUUUUUGUUUUUUUCUUUCCUACUUUAAGAAAGUGACUUCAAAAAAUACUGAUCGGGAUAGAUGACUUUAUUUUACUUUUUUAUACUUUUUUUGUUUCCUUUUCCCAUUUAACCAAAAAGAAAUCCCAUCCCUCAGUCACCCUCCCCAUCUUUCUCCUUUUAUGAAAAACUCAAAAUGGCAAUACCUUAUUAUAGCCAUAAUGGUAUAGAUAGUGUUUGCGUUUGGCUGUGUGUUGUUUUCUUUUUUUUUUUUAAAUUAUGAUAUGUGUAAAAUCUGAGGUAACUUGCUAACGUGAAUGGUCAUAUAACUUUAAAGAUAUAUUUAUAAUUAUUUAAUGACAUUUGGACCCUUGAAACAUUUCUUAGUGUACUGAUAUGCUGACUUCGGUCUCUAAAAGUGCUCUUUAUUAAAUAACAAAAUUCUUCAGUGGGCUGGAGCCAUAUCUGAAAUAUUGCUAAGCAAUUUCAGUUCAUCCAGGCACAAUGUGAUUUUCAAAAAAUACGUCCAUCUCCAAAUAUCUUAGAUGUAGCUUGUUUUUGUGAUGUAUGAAGGAAAUGUUAUGCUUCGUUCUUUCAGACCUUGGAUUGCCUCUAACACAGCUUUGCCUUCUAAAGCAAUAAUUAGGGAUUUAAAAACCAAGUCUUAGCCCCGUAUCACUCAUGUUGCCCUUUAUCAGCAUGAAAUGCUGGAGUGAUGUGGUUUCCCAAUUUCUUUUGAGUAACGAUGACUCUUGUCAUAUUAAAAAGACAAGCACAAGUGAAUCAUUGAACUGCAGAAAAAUGUUCUGUGGUUUCCUAGUUAAAGCAAAACUCUAAAUCGCCAGGCUUUAUAGUGUAGACAUAGCUUAAAGCCACCCAUGUGGCUAAAGGAUGGAUCAUGAUACGCGUAGGACAGUAACGCCAAGUUGCACCAGGGAUUCUUAACCAACCCGCCUUACCAAACAGUAAGUCAGGAGAACCCAGAUCUGCCUUACCCGAGGCCCUAAUGGCGUCUCUCCAUGGAAUCUGCAUUUAAAGGAGCAGGUGAAGUCAUUGUCUUAAUGGGCGCCGGGUCAUCUGAAGGAGCAGGCGAGUUCCAGCAAAUAGCUGAGCUGAGGGAACAUCCAGGCUGCGGGGGCCCAUAUCCAACCCUGUGGGGUCAAGGGAAGGCAAGGCCAUGUGGAGUUUGGUGUCUACUACUGUGUACGAAUUUGAGCAGAAGCCCUCCUGUAGGAUGCACUUUGAACACUCCUGGUGACCACAUGGCAAAUUCUUGAGCGUGAAUCCUUAAACCAAGCCAGGCUCACUCCAUGACACCACCGGGCAAAUCCCUGCCUGCUCCCUCACAGGUCCGGGGCCCCUUCGCUUCAAUUCUGUGCCCCCGCUGAGCAGUACUUUGUAGAGAUUUGCCCCCAGCUCCUCGAGACCCUUUCCCCGUAGUCAUUCCCAGGCCCACUUCAUAGGCCACCAAGCCUGGCGGGACAGCGUGGGGGCACCUGGCGCUGUGCUACUGGCCGGGGGCCUCCCUUGCAACCACCCUGACUCCUCCCAACAAAAAUCGAGGGCAAAACAAAAAACAAAACAAAACACUUUGCCUUCUAAAGGUUGUAUACCAAGUAUGCUUAGAUAAAUAAGCCACUUUCCUAUUCCUUAACUAAGAUGGAAGUAGUAACUGAUACUAUUUAUUGUUUGUGUGUGGUAGCUUGAAGCACGCCACUGUCCAUUUAUUUGUUAAAUGUAAAAUAUGUGUGUUUGUUUCAGCAGCACUUAAAAAAGCCAGUGUCUGGUUACACAUUUCAAUUUUAAUUAAUUGACAUGGAAAUGUUACUGCCAGUGCCAGCUGUACCCUAUUUAAUAGAAAAGGUACUAUAUUUGUACAUUAUUUUUUAAUGUUAAAAGGGCUUUUUUAAGUUUACAGUACACAUACUAAGUGACUUUAGGGAUGCUUUUGUGUUGAAAGGUUAUUAUAGUGGCUGCAGGCAGCAACCCAGAAACACUUUAAAAGUUUUUUUUUUUUUUUUUCCUUGGGAAAAAUUCAAGCACUUCUUCCUUCCACCCUCACUCCAACCACUCCAAAGGGGUAAGUCACAUUUCUUGGAUUAAAUUCUGCCCUUUUUCAGCCUGGGGGUUAAAUAUUCUGCCCCCCCCCCCGCGCUUUUUUUUAACUGAACCCUUAAUUUGCACUGGGUCAUGUAUAUGAUCUGUGAUUUCAAGACCAAAGCAAAGCCUCACUACUACUACCAUGGAACCAUGUACUAGCCAACACUCUGUAUUUCCUUCAGGUUCAAAGAGCACGGUUCUUUUUGUAGCAUAGACGUUGCUGGAGUUUACAGCAUGACCCACAGAGCCGCUUUCUGUCUUAGUUGUCUCACAAAGUGUGACCGGUGUCAGGGUUCCAGAACAGGUACCACAGCGUUGGGUUUAGAUGAGUGAAAUGACUUCCAGUCUGGAACCAAGAGACUCAACCGAUGAGCUAUGGUUUGCUCUUCAGAGCAGACAGUCUCACCGCACCCCCCACCGGAGGGGGGCCUUUUAAAAAAAUGAGCAGAGAAACCCACACCAAUAGGGAUCAUCCAUUGCAAACACAGAGGGGAGGAGAUGCGUGUGCUGGCUUAAAGUUCCUUCCAUUCCCAGGAAAGGGACUGACUCAGAGUCUAGGUUAAUACAUGGAAACACAAAGCAUGAGUGAAGACAAUAAUGACUUCUAUGACAUUCGAAAGAACAAUAAUAAAUAAAAUAAAGACGACUCUUCCAAACCUUGAAUUUGUUGUUCUUAAAAGGAGAAUGCAUUUUAAAAAUAUUUUCUGUGUGAGAAUUUUUUAGAUGUUUGUUUACUUCAUGUUUACAAAUAACUGUUUGCUUUUUAAUGCAGUACUUUGAAAUAUAUCAGCCAAAACCAUAAGUUACAGUAAUUUCUUAGGUAUUCUGAAUAAAAUUCCAUUUUUUUUGGAUAUGCUUUACCAUUCUUAGAUUUCUGUGGAACAAAAAUGUUUGUAGCAUUUUGUGUAAAUACAAGCUUUUCAUUUUUAUUUUUUCCAAUUGCUGUUGCCCAAGAUCUGCUUUCCCUGCACAUAUUGUACAAAUUCUGCUUCGUGCCACAGGCCAUGAUUGUGGAUGAGUUGACUUUCAACUUCAAAGGGACUAUUUGUAUUGUAUGUUGCAACUGUAAAUGGAAUUAUUUGGCAUUUUUCUCAUGAUUGUAAUAUUAAUUUGAAGUUUGAAUUUAAUUUUCAAUAAAAUGGCUUUUU